AUGGACUUCUCUCUGGGCCUACAUUUGGGGCCACGAAACAAGAAGGCCACCCACCAGCAGCCUCCUGCACCCUCUGGGCAUGUCCCACCAGCUGCCUCUCCUUGUCUGUCCUGUCCUCCCUCUGCCUGUGCCUGCCCCUGCCCCACCUGUCCUCCUCCCACCUGCAGCUGCACUGCCUGUCCCUCUGACGCAGCUCCCUGCCCCUCCUGUCCCAGCCUCCCUGGCCCACCCUGCACCUGCUCCUGCCCUGCCUGUCCUCCCUCAACUUGUCACCAUAGCACUUGUGUCCCAUGCUCUGAUCCUCACUUGACCUACUGCCAUCCCUCACCUUGCCCCAUUUACCCUAGUGCCAAGGGCCGGUCUGCCUGUCCCAGCUGCUGUUUGGCCUAUAGUAACCACUGUGGCUGUGGCAGAGGGCCUGCCUUGGGGCCUCCAGGCUCCGUGGGCCACUGCAGCUGCUGCUUCAGGGGACAACGCGCCUCUCGGUGGCACUGUCUGAUAGUCUAG